AAGAGCAAAAGAGCAACAGAAAAGCACUCAAACGUAGAGGCAGAACAGAAACAGACAGGAAACAGGCUGCGGUUUGUGAGUUCACAGAUAAUUUCCUGGUCAUUUUUCACACAUAACGCCCUCAACAUCACACGGAAACACAGACAUGCUGUCCGUCAGCGCUAGUGUUUGAUUCUCAUCACGUGAGAUGAUCAACAGACAUAUUACUUUACUCUACACCGAUAGAAGAGAGCAGUAUUAUCAGUAUUACUGGAGAUUUGAGUUUAAGAAAGUCAUUUGAGGAACUGUUGAGAGUUUUGCACUGAUUUUCUGAACUCAACCGAUGAAGAAAUGAAGUUCACUCUGAUGAUUUCUGGAUUUCUCCUGAUGGUGAGCAGUUCAGUGUGUGAGGAGAUUACAGCGAGAGGAACAGAAGGAGAACAAGUGGCUAUUAAGUGUCCUUAUGCUAAAGGAUAUGAAAACUCCAACAAAUACUUCUAUAAAGGACUUUACAAAGAUAAUAAUCUUAUACUAAAAUCUGAUGGAGGAAAGUCAGUGUCUGACGGCAGAUUCUCUCUGUGGGACGAUCAUCAGACGAGUUCAUUUGCGGUGACCAUCAGAAACCUGAGGAUGGCAGAUGCUGGACAGUACGGCUGUGGAGCUGGAUGGGGAGACUAUAUACUAAUCCAGCUGAAUGUGAUUAAAGCUCCACAGAAAACAAGACCUGUCCAGAUCUCGACCUCCACCCUUCACUCGUAUACAAACAGCAGCACUGACCACACCAGCACAGUGACACCUCAAACAGAAAGUGAAACGACAAGAACAAUGACAGGAAAUACUACAGUUCAACUCAAUCAGCCAAACACUAAUCUGUCUUCUGUCGCUGGCGGUCUGGGUUCGGUUCUGCUGGUUCUGGUUCUGUGUUCUGGAACGUUCCUCGUCCUGAAAAAGAGGAAAAGGAAAUCUGGGACAGGUUUAUUUCAGCAAAAUGUGCAGCACAGUACAGAGUCUGAGCGUAUGUAUGAGGAGAUUCCAAACAGUGAUGUCAUCGCUGCAACAUCCUCGUCCAAUCAGACGCCUGCAUCACACCUCAACACCCGCCCACAAGUCUCUGCUGUUUAUGCCACAGUAACCAAUCAGCAGCCUGAUUCAAACCCCAGUCGCACCCACUCCACCAAUCAGGUGACAGAUACAGACUGUGAUUAUUAUGCUAAUAUGAAGCCGCCUGAACCAACAACAGACAGCAGAACAGAACUGAUCUACUCAACAGUGACACAUCCACAAAACAUCAAGACAAACAACGGACCGAUAUAUUCAGUGAUCAAACAUAAAUAAUAAAAUACUGUAGAAACUUCUGCAACAGACAUCUGCACUGAUGCUCAAAAUGAAAAACAUGGUGGUACAAACAACAUAUUUUUAAUGAAUUAAUAUGCUGACACACUUUUCUGAGUUUUUAUCAGUAUUUUAAAAACUGUAUAAUUUGUUACUAACAAGAAAAGUUACUAAAAAAAAGUGAACUUAUGUAUUCUUUAUAAAUUAUUCUUAGUAAACUUCAUUUACAGUUAAAUAACAUGAAACUAAAUAUUUUGUGGAUAAACUCAAAGCGUUUUAGACCCCGUUCUCACAGGUGAAUUAUCUUAAUACCAGGAGUAAACAGGGCCUUGAUGAGUUUGUUUGAUUGAAAUCUGCUCUAAAUUAACGGCGCUUCUGAAAUAAACAAUAGAAAUAAUCACAGAAAUUGUAAUGGUUUCCUCUACAAAUACCAUUACAAACAUUACAAACCAUCAACUAUUAACCAUUAAAACCAUUACAAAAUGGUUUCCUGAAGUGUGUUUUGGGAGAUAUUCUAUAAAGAUGUAAUGAUUUUAACAAGCCACUAAUAAAAGUUGACAAAUUACCUGUAGAGACCCACAGAGA